AUGUCCAACCACCCACGAAUCUUUCGGGCAAACAGCAGCGACGCCGCCCAAGACAUGUCUGACGCCAACAACCAACGCAGAAAGUCUAACGCAUCCAGCCUGUCAGAAUUCCCAGCAGCAGCAAGCACUUCAAAGAGCAGUAAAAAGGAGGGCCUUUUUGGCAAUGCUGCUGUCAAUGCUGCUGUCAAUGCUGCUAUUAGUGGCCUUGCAAGUACCCCGACUGGCAGUGACCACAACAGUAACCUCGGGUUUAGACCUGUGAAAUGGGACAACAGUACAGGCUUUGAUAGUGCCUUCUUAGUCAAUGGAAAGCACGCGCUCACUCAUCAAUCCGGUCUUAAUUUUAGCAGCCCUCCGUCUAUGACCUCGACACCGCCCGUCGCCAUGUUUGAGUUCACCCCAGGGAACUCCUCGUUCGGCCCAGCAGAAACAAACCCUGUCAACAACAGUCAUAAAAGUCGUGUUAGCGACAUGGGAUCCCCAUUCGGCUCUGGUGCUGUUCUAAACAACUUGUUUGGAAAUACUCCAUCUGCCACGAUCGGCGGCGAUACGCCUGGGCAGCCCACGACAAACGAAAGGGAAGAAGGAACCCCCGAUGAGUCGACACUGCCACCUGGUUUCGCUUCUCCAGAAGAGUUGGAUUUUCUUUUAAAGCCUCGUGAUGCACUGCGUCACUUUGGUUCUGUCUAUCUGGGCAGGAAUAGUGGUGCCAGGCGCUCAGCUUCUUUCCCCAAAGCCCAUGGCAAGCCGAAUAGCAAACCGCGUCCUGUGGCUGCAACAGGGUCAGUGCAAGUGACGCCAGCACCUCCCCAGAAUAACCAGCAGCAACAACUCCAAGAACAACACCAGCCUUGGUCACUUCUCGAUGACAAUUCAAAACCGCUGCUGAAUAUUGCUACUACCAGCCUACCUCAACUAUCAACAUCUCGCACUUCUGCCGAGCAGAAAACCUCUCCAGAGUGGCUCGGCAUCAUCAAUACCGAACUCAAAUCUUUGACGCAACACAUCAAAAUCUCGGGUACAGGCCAACAAGCCAAACUAUACGAAAUCGCGGCUUUACUCGGGGAGAUAAAAAAACAGCAAAAGAAAGACUCUGAAGCGUUGGCCAAGGCUCUCCAGACCAGAGAAGAUCAGAACAAGAAGGGAUUGGAUGGAUUUGUGGAUGAUUCGUUGAAAUUCAUGGUUGAAGUCUUGCUCUUGUGCUUUCUCUGCAUUGGUAUUCUGCUACAGUACCAAUCAUACUCUUUCCAGGCGGAGAAACUGUUUAGCAAAUUGACAUGA